AGACUCGUCGCUGCUGACGUCACCGAGCCAUCUUUGUGCUCCUAAUCCAGGCGGCUGUUUAUUACACCUUCAUUACCACACAGACUCGGGCUCUACUGACAGCCUGCAGGUGCCGCAUCGCCAUAAACCAGGAAGAAAACAGAGAAAGAUAGAGAAAAAGACGUUUCCGUAGCGUGGAGACACAUUUCAGUGCUCCUCAUAGGAUACAUAGGCAGGGAAACGCCACAAUAACCAACCAAAGGCUGCCAGAGUGUAGAGAGGAGCGCAGGAGGCAAUCCACAUCCAUCUGUCAGCCACUUAGUGGGCGCUAACAUUUCCAGUCCGGAUUUCAGCGCAGCUGUCGAGCUAAUACCACCAGGAACAUGUCUGCCCCAGGUACUGGAGCCCCGGCGUCAGAGGGAGGGAAUCAAGGCCCCCCCAACCUCACCAGCAACCGCCGUCUGCAGCAGACGCAGGCACAGGUGGAUGAGGUGGUGGAUAUCAUGCGUGUAAACGUGGACAAGGUUCUGGAGCGUGAUCAGAAGCUGUCAGAGCUGGACGACAGGGCCGAUGCCCUGCAGGCUGGAGCCUCUCAGUUUGAGACUAGUGCUGCAAAACUGAAGAAUAAAUAUUGGUGGAAGAAUGCCAAGAUGAUGAUUAUCCUGGGUGUGAUAUGUGUGAUUGUCCUCAUUGUCAUUAUUGUGUACUUCAGCACUUAAGAAGAGUUGCUCCUACCCCAGUCUGACCCAAGCUUCCUUACUACAGAAGAAAAGAAACCUCUAAUUGAUGACAAAAUUAACCACAGAUUAAUUGAUUUAUUGGAUGUACAUCUCCCCCCAGCUAGCCUCGAUAUAAAGCCCCUAAACCCUUCCGGGCCCCCCGUGCCCCCCCCCCCCCCCAGCCUUCCUUACAUCCACAGCCUCGCCUCUGGAUCCCUGUCGAUAUUUGUCCUGUGAGUGUGUGGCCCUGUCUUCUCUGGGUACUCUCUGCUUUUCUAACCUUGCCAUACUGGGAACCAAACCCCCUAUGAUGAUGCAACAACAGAAACCGGUACAACAAUUGGCGAUAAUUGUGUGACAUAGCCGAUAUACAGAGGUCUUUGUAGAGUUUUAUUCUGAUAUACUGUUUUGUAGGUGUGUUUAUGUGCGUGUGCAUUUUGUACUUUUUAUUUUUGUAUUAAUUUGACGUAUGCUUUAGCAUUGACUACUGCCUACUAAUGAAAGUGUGCAUCUUGCAUGUUCUCAUCAUCCGUCUGUCAUCCUCCCCUCCCUCGAUUAUUCUUCCCGCUAAUGGCACACAAAUAGCCUCCAUGAACCACCUACCUGCAUUUCUCUUGAAGGCAGACCAAAUGGGAGCAAAUCACGAUCUUCCCGAGGCUUUUCCUUUUCCAGCUCUGGACUUCUAUAAGUUUAUUCCAGUAAAAAAAGGUUCUAGUUUUUUGUUUCUCAUGUGGAUUUUUGCUACAGUGUUUGCUCACUCACCAAUGUUGGUCAAACGUUAAAGUAAUGCAUGACUUGUGCGACUUAUCUCCAACCCUGUCGAACUUACCUCCCUUUAUCUGAGAGGGAUUCUUAAAUAACAAGCAUCUAAAGUGUCUUUUGGCGCCAUCUUGUUUCUCAGCAUGCUUCUCUCGGACUACUUUAAACUGCCAUAGUACGGUUGGACCAAGUCUGUAGGUGUUGUUUUUUUUAAUUUAAUGAUUACGUAGUGUCUUAUUUCGAAAACAUUCCUUCAUUGCAGUCUAGUGCAGAUGCUCUUACUGUAGCACAUGUAAGUGUGAGUACCUAAAAAAAAUACAAGCGAUAAGUAAUAAAAGUCAUGCAAACAAUAGGAGAAAGUUAGUAUAGUGACUAGGUGUUAGGGCCCAUUUUGUUGCAUAGACUUGAUUGUCCUGAUGAUUUUUUUUUCUAAGAUAUCAGUGAUAUUACUUUAACAUUAUACUUAAACACAAUAAACCGUGGUGAUGCAUUCGUGUCUAAUGGAGGAUUUUGGCUUGGAAAUCGAUUCAAGCAUCAUGGGUUAGAAUGGCUCUGUUGCAUGAACUGAUUCCAUGGAGCAAAUGCUGCACUGGUCCGCUCCCUGUCUGUGCACUGAAAGGCCUUGGUUCUCAGUCACUUUUGUUAACUGUCAGUGCAGUGCACCCCCGUAGCACUUGUGCAGGAGGAGUAGCUGACAAAGUUUCCACAGACGUCCUUAUUUUUUAUGGUGCCGUCUGGCUGUUUAACAGCCCAGCCAUAGGGAACGCCGGUGCAGCAGAACCUCUCCACAUUAAGAGCACAUAUGACACCAGGCUUAUGAAGACAAUAAGAAGAAAAUUUCAAAGCAGUAACUCAAACUCAAAAAAAUCGUAGCCUUCCUAAGACAAGUGUUUUGGUAGCACCGUGGUUCUGUCUUAGUGUUUCUUCUUCUAGUUAAGGCCUUUUUUUCUUUUUUUUUAAUAUAAUAGACUCUAUUUUUUAUCAUAGUAUAUUUUUGUGCGAAGCAGAAGAAGCAAAGAGGAUGCGAACUGUUCACAGUGAAGCUCCUCUUUACUUCUGUCUGAUGUGUUUUUGUAGUUCAGCUCUGCGUUACACACUGCCAAGCAUUAAAGGAAAACAGCUCUUUUCCUUACUGCGGUUAUUUCUUUCAUUUGUGCACUCACUGGUUUGGUCUUAAGGUAUUUUCAAACCACUUUUUUAUUAUUAUUAUUAUUGCUGGAUGUUCUUGUGUGCAUGGUUGUGGAUACUUGAUGAGUAAAAGAGCAGGGUAAAUACAAGGCACUUGGUUUUUUCCUAUGCUGUGCAAAGCUAGAGAAUCGCACACGUUCUUAAGAGGGGAUGUAUCAGAAAUUCCUGAAGCUACUAAACUAUUUGUGGGGAAAAAAACAACACAUUUUCUCUUGGCAGCAGAAGAAUGUUGCUUCCUAAAAUUUCCAUGUAGUGGCAGUAAAAUCUAAGCUUUGAAAUUGUUCUGAGUUAAAUCUGUAAAAAAAAAAGAGAAUUUUAAGUGUGCUGGUCUGCAUUGGGGAGAAAGGUAAACCCUACAUUCUGGACUGGAAUAUUCUAAAAACAGCUGUGUAACAAAAAGCCUUUGUGACCCUGUCUCUUUUACCCUCACACCAUCUACGUGGAGAAACCUGCCCACCUUUCCUAGCUCCUACUGUGUAUUGUGUGUGUGUGUGUGUGUGUGUGUGUGUGUGUGCAUGUAUGUGUUAGAAUAGCUCCGACUUGUGAAUAUCCCCCCACCGUUUAUCCCGACAGAUUUAGGCCGCUUAACUUUCAGAGUGAGGACAUGUCAGUGUUCCUUCUCCUCUGAAGUACACAAGCAACGAGGCUGCAGAUCUGUUACCCUUAAAAAAAAUCCCACUUCUCGUUGCUCCUCCAAAAAGAGCUAAAGUAAAAUUACCAAAGACCAAAUUUCCGAGCUAACGCUGCCUAUGCUCAUCCCAAACAAGCGGAGGUAAACAAGUUACCCGGUCAGAUUUAAAUUGCUUCUAUCCUAGGGACAUAUUAGCUGUCGUACCCUAUUUUUAGAGUCAAGUUUGGCUUGUGAGUGUGCCAUCCUGACAUAUGCAAGUUAAACGGACCCAGGUCCGAGAAGCUUCUUUUUUUCUGUGCAAAGUUAGUGGACACAGUCUUGUAACUCAUUAUAGCACAAGUCUUCUUUUUCUUCUGUCUGCAUAGUGCUGCCAGGUUUUAAAGGUGUAAAACUAACUAUAGAUAUCAGAAAACUGAGUAAAAUGUUUUCCCAAAAAAACAAAAACCUGCAUUGUUUAGUGUUGUAAUAUGGGGGGUGUUUCGGGGGGUAGGGGGUCCUAUAUCCUCAGGUUUAAGUUGUUUGCAAUUUACCAAAAUACAUAAGAGGACAAAAAAAAAAAAAAACUUAGCAAACUGUAAAAUUGGAUUCCUUUGGCAAUAUUAAAUGAUUGAAGAGUUACAAAUGUUGUCCUUUUAGCCAUUUGUACAGGACACAACCACACAGUGGGCUCUGAGGUGAAGUACUACUGAUUGGGGUAGGACCUGUGUGUUCUCCAUAAAUCCAACAGUUGUCCUGUGAGUGCUUAACCAGUUUGGUCACAAUGGUGAAAAUGAAGAGAGUGCUCUCUCUAUCUCCUUUUUUUCCUGUUUGUUUUUAUUGCUUUACUGUCUUUAUAAAAACCCAACGUGUGCAAAUGUGUUUUAACAACGUGGCACUUUUUUUUGUUUUCCGCUGUAAUUCCUUAGUUUCAGCAGGACGACCGAGUCAGCCUUGAGAACCGUUCAGUGAUCUCAAUGCUGCGUUCAGGUUGUUCAUGGAGCAUCCGGUGAAUGUUGUUGGAAAGCCAUCAGAAAAAGAGAAAGUUUUUAAAAGAAAAUGUCCAAAAAUGUAUAGAAUGCGUGUGCAGUUACCACAGAAGGAGCUGAACGCGGCAACAGGAGGGAACCUUUUGAGUCACUGAAUGUUUUCUGGGUGGCUUUAGAUAUAUAUUAUGUGUUUUUUUCUGGAAACAAAUGUUGAUUUUUUUUAUUUUGCAUCUGUUAAAUAACAACUCCAGAUGUCACUGAAUUGUUUGUUUUGUCGGCACUGAUAGGUAAAGAAAAAGAAACUGGGAAGUUGAUGAAAGAAGAUGUAUUUUUGUGUGAAGGAUUCUACAGUUUACAUCAGAUUGCUGUGUUUGUAUAGACAAGAUAUAUUUUUUCUGUUUAAAUCAGUCAUUUGUAAGAGAUUCUUUCUUUUUUCCUCCAUUAGAAGCAGGAUCACAGGGAUGAAAACACACAUUGCUCCUGCUCGUCUGGCCUUACAGGAGGGAUAGGGCUGGAGGAUCAUGGACAACGUGCUUGACGGGAUUUGAUUUUCUUUGUUCUUCAUGCUUUUAUUUAUUGGUAGACGUAUUGUGCCGUUCUUUGGUUUGGGGUUAGAGUUCAAACAAGGUCGAUUCAACGCAAAGGAGGGGAGACUGAGUGGGAAAAGUACAUGAAAUAAUUGUAGUGUAAAUCUAUCAAUGUCUUAUUAUAUUGAUGAACAUCAUGAAAUAUAUGUAUAUUGGAAAAACAGUAUCUAUGAGAAAUUGUACUUUUGUGUGUGUUUUAUGUGCUUUGUGGGUGUUCAGCAAGGAAACAAUGUCAUUUGGACUGCUGUUCUGGGACCUGUGUGAAUAAGCAUAAAUUUACUACCAAUACAGA